AUGGUGGGUUUCCAUGCAAGUCAACUCACUCCUUCUCUCCUCUCUUCUUCUUCUUCUCGGUCGAUUCCUGUAACAUCCGGAAUUCCAGCAAAGGAGAAGUUGUUUCCAGCAAGAGGAGGUCAAGGGAGCUGUGGAUCCAGAGUUUUCAAGUUCAGAUCUACGCUGUUGAGGCGAAGGCUAGUGCAGUAUUUCAGAGUUCGAGGUUUACCGAGUUACCCGAGGUACUAGCGAGGAUCCCGGGAAGGCGCCGGCAUGAUCCGUACACACUGAGAGGAUUUAUGUAUUCGAGGAUCUUGGGAUUUGUUUAUUGUGAAACAUGUGAUACUUUGGGUUACUAUGAUAUUUUAUGAAUGAAAGUAUGUUUUUAAAAUGAAAAAUUAUUUUGAAAAUUUACGUUGUUACAAUU